UUUUUUAUUUUGAUUAUUUUGUGUGGUUGAUCAAGAUUGACGAAUGUUAUUUGUAAUUACAUCAUGACGACUAAUCGCAGCGCUGAUGCUUCUAAGGUUGAAGGGGUGAAUCAACCUCCUCCACCACCUGGGGCUAAUGAUCAAGUUCGUGGUGGAAAUAAGGUCUACAGAAGCGGUAACUUGUUUUUAUCAUCAAAAGGAAUUGGAUGGACAUCAUGGAAGAAGAGGUGGUUCAUUCUAACUCGUACCUCAUUGGUCUUCUACAGAACUGAUCCUAAUGCUACUCCUCUAAAGGGAAGUGAAGUGAAUUUAACCCUGGGUGGUAUUGAUCUCAACAGUUCAGGCAGUGUGGUUGUCAAAGAAGACAAGAAACUGUUGACUGUGCUAUUUCCUGAUGGUCGUGAUGGGCGAGCUUUCACACUCAAGGCGGAAACAUCAGAGGAUUUGCUCGAGUGGAAAACUGCACUUGAGGAGGCUUUGGCAAAUGCACCUAGUGCCGCCCUUGUAAUGGGCCAAAAUGGAAUAUUUAGGAAUGAUCAGGCCAAUGCUGAUGAUGUUUCACUUGAGCAAUCUAAUGAUAGACAGCCUGUGAAGUCCAUGGUAAUUGGUCGGCCAGUUUUACUUGCUCUGGAAGAUAUUGAUGGAACUCCAUCUUUCUUGGAGAAAGCCCUGAGAUUUGUAGAAGAGCAUGGGAUUAGAACUGAAGGCAUCCUGCGGCAAGCAGCAGAUGUUGAUGAUGUUGAACAACGAAUACGGGAAUAUGAACAGGGUAAAACUGACUUUUGUACAGAUGAGGAUGCACAUAUUAUUGCUGAUUGUGUGAAGUAUAUUCUGCGGGAGUUGCCAUCAUCUCCAGUUCCUGCAUCUUGCUGCAAUGCCCUUUUGGAAGCAUUUAGAACUGAGCGAGGCAUUAGAGUCAAUGCUAUGCAUACAGCUAUAUUGGAGACAUUUCCAGAACCAAACCGUCGUUUGCUGCAGAGGAUUCUUAUGAUGAUGCAAACUGUGGUUUCCAAUAAAACUCAAAAUAGAAUGAGCACGUCAGCAGUGGCAGCUUGCAUGGCACCUUUGCUUCUUCGUCCACUUCUAGCUGGAGACUGUGAGCUAGGAAAUGACUUUGCUAUGAGUGGUGAUAGCUCUGUUCAACUUCUGCAGGCAGCUGCUGCAGCUAACCAUGCUCAAGCCAUUGUCAUCACAUUGCUAGAGGAGUAUGAUAAAUUAUUUGGGGAAGGCUCUGUAUCGCCUGAAUUAUACUCUGACUCAGAUGGUAGUGGAACCGAGAGUGGAGAAGAAUUUACUGAUGAUGAUUACAGCUAUGAUGAAGAAGAUGAAGAUGAUGAUGCGGAAGAGGGCUCUCACGCUGAUAUUGAUGAUUCUGAUCAUGAUUCCUGUACAACAACCCAUGAAGUUGGCGAAAGUGAAGAUAGUAAUAAGAGCUCUCAAGUUUCUAAAACUAGUUUAAAGACUACUGAAGUGGACGUCUUCAAAACUACUGGAAGCUCACCGAGAAGUCUACCUCAAACUUCUGUUCAGAAUGAUGUCAAUAAAGGGGGUGAGAGUGUUCCGCCUCCAAGUUGUGAAAAUUCGAGAGCACAAGGAAAUGAAUCUGUUGAACAAGUAGGACCUGGACAGAUUGAAACAUCUAAUUCUCAAAAGUCAACAAAUAUGUUAAAUGGACCUCUACGCAGUGUUCGACGACCUGCUAUCUGGGGGCGUACUCCUGCCAAGAAGAACCUCUCCAUGGAAUCAAUUGAAAUCCCCUUUGAUGAAGAAGAUGAAAUCCAGAGGCUUGAGGCCAUUAAAGCUGACUUGCAAACUAGGAUUCAAGAGGAGGCCAAAGGUAAUGCCCUUUUGCAAGAAAGUUUGGAGAAGCGAAAAGAUGCUUUGCAUGUGCGUCGUCUGGCACUUGAAAAAGAUGUAACAAGGCUUCAGGAACAACUACAGAGGGAGAGGGAAUUAAGGAUACUUCUGGAAGCUGGACUUGAAGGCAAAUUACCUGCCUCUUCCAGUAUAGAUGGGAUGAUGAAGAAUGAACUUCAGGAGAUUGCUCAGGCAGAGGCAGAUGUCAACAAUCUGAAACAGAGGGCUGAUGAUCUUGGAUUGCAUCUUAGUAAACAACGCGAACAAAAUUCCAAACUUCGUGCCGACUCGGGCAAUCAACCACAGGAAAGUCUAAAUAAUCAGGGAAAAAGCAAGGAUAAACAUAAGGAUAUGGAAACUAGUAAGUAUGAAGCUAGUAAGCAGGCAGAUUCAUCACAAAGCGCCAACUCUUCUGUGGAAGUGGAGAUGAGCAAGGCUGCUUCAGCCAGUAUUAGAAAAUCUACUUCUAGGAAUGAGGGAGCUAAUACUACAACAUCAGCAUUAUCAAAGCUGACAAACAGGCUCAACUUCUUGAAAGAACGUCGUACCCAAAUUGCAAGUGAACUCCAACACCUAGACAAAAACCAGUCUGAUCAGCCUGUCAAAAACAACGGAAAGGUUCAAGCAUCUCGAAGUCAAACAUCAGAAAAGAAUAGACUGGAUGAUGGUCAAUCACUUCAGCAUCCAGAUCAAGGAACAAAAAAGGAAGUCCAUCCAAAUUUGGACAAAGUAAAAUCAGAUAGCCUCCCAAAUACAGAGAAAGGUCAAGCUGUAGUCCCUCCAAGUACAAACUCUAGAUGAUGCCUAGUCACUUUUUGACUUCCCUAGUUUGUUGUAUGUCACACAACUUUCAGAUACGCGUUAGACUGAGAGUGGAAGAUGGUGAACAUGCUUGUCGUAUAGGACCUUGAUUGGUGCCUCGAGAAUUGGUUGCUGAUGCCAAUCUUGGCUAGCUGAAAUUCCAUGGUGCCCGAUACAUACAGGUCCUCUAUCCUAUGAGGAGAUGUUGAGUGGCUGUGAAGCGCUACUGAGCUGAAGUUCUUCAUUGUGAUUGUCUGGAAAUGAAAUCAAUCCUUUUGUAUAGGUUUGUGGUAAGUAGAAAUCUAAUCAUCUGAUUUAGCAGAUUAAAGCUAUCAGAUAGUUUGCUGAUUAAACUAAGAUAAGAAAAUUUUGGUGCCAUUCAAUUGUAUAAAAUGUUGGAUAAGUUUUUCAUUAGGACAUGUUUAAUUAAGUAACCCUA